ACGUUUUUUAAUUCAUGGCAAUCUGGAAUUUGUUACGUUCAAUAUACUGAGUGUUUAUGUUAUCCUUAUAGCUAUAUACCUGUUGAAUAGUGUGGAUUUGUCUGUAUUCUGCAAGAAAAUAGAAUAUAAAAUACUUUCCAUCCAAUUCCUCAUCUUCCUGUACAUCAUAAUAGUUAAUGAAUUUCUUCAAAGCAAUAAAAACAUUAUGUCCUCUCCAUCCUAAAACACAGAUAAUCAGGCCAAUUCUGUUUAGCUAUAGCAAUAUUGUUACUUGUUAUUAUGAAGAGAUCUUGCUAUGAUUUAACAAUGUUUGCGAUUGUCCUAUUCUGUUCAAUAUAUUUUAGCCAGAUGAUCUGUCAUUUUGAAUAGUUCUUGUUUUUCGAUCUUGUUAUCUCGGCAAAUAGUAUUUAAGUACUUGCUAUCAAUGUAACAACAUUGUUAUUGCAGAAAAAUGGCCGUCAAUCCGGUUUUUGUGAAUUUUGAUGUAAACUUUCGCCAUACAUUUGAAAACGUUCUAGUUAGGUAAGAGGAUUAACAUACAGUUUUUUAUUUGUGUAACUUCAUGACCAACAAACAUUGCAGUCGAAGUUUACGCUUGCACUUCCGAAAUAUCAGAGACGCAAGUAAUCCGUUUGAAAUUGCUGAAGACAAGUUCAAAAAAUUGUUUCGUCUGAAUAAAGUAGCAGCAACGGAUCUAAUUACUCAGCUACAAGGAUACGUUGAUGAACCUACCAGAAGAGACACAGUACCUUUUCAUCUGCAGGUCUUUUCAAGUUUAUUAUUUUAUGCCCAUGGCGGUUAUCAAACAACCGUAGGACACGACUUUAAUAUCGGAAUCAGCCAAGCUGUAAUGAGCAGACUUAUAAACAAAAUAAGCAGACUAAUUGCAUUACAUUUGUCACCUCGAUAUAUCAGGUUUCCAACAACUUCAGAAGAAGUUAGGAGAGUCAAAGACGGAUUUUUAGAGAAUCAUCAAUUCCCAAAUGUUGUAGGCGUUAUCGAUUGUACACAUAUUGCGAUAGUGCCACCCAAAACAGAUGAUCCUAUUAAUCCAUCAGUAGCAUAUAUUAAUAGAAAAGGGUUCCACAGUGUAAAUGUUCAGGCAAUUUUCGACUCUCACCUAAUGAUUACUAACGUAAAUGCGAAGUAUCCUGGAGCAGUCCAUGAUGCAGCAAUAUGGGACUCUUCAAACAUACAGAGACAUCUUAAGCAAAAAUAUGAAGAUGGAAGACGAAACUGCUACCUACUUGGUGAUUCAGGAUAUCCUCUCCAGCCGUGGCUGAUGACACCAAUCCUCGAAACAAGAGCUAAUAAGCCCCGAAGCUCACUAUAACAGUAUACAUAUCAACACACGCAAUGUGGUUGAAAGGGGCUUUGGUAUUUGGAAAGCCCGUUUUAGAUGUUUAAGGAAAGACAGGGUUCUUCAUUAUUCUCAUGAUACAAGUGGCAUGAUAAUUUAUGCUUGUGCUGUUUUGCAUAAUAUUUGCAGAAUAUAUAAUGCAGAACAAGAGUAUGAAGAUAAUGGCGACUCUCAUGACAACACUGAUCAGACUACUGACAGCAGCCAUCCUGAUGAUGCUGCAAUUCCAAGUAAUGAUUUUCUCACAGAGGGCAGGUUUAUUCGCCAGCAACUUGUAAAUCAGUUGUCUACUGCGAUCAGGUGAAUUAUGUAAGAAAAUGUUCUCUAAAAUAAAUAUUUAAUGCAGAUUUUAGUAUUUUCAUUUUUAUUACAUGACAUCAGGUUUUUGAUGUGUUGCUUAGAGCAAUUGCUAUAUCAGAUAGCCCUUGAGCUAACUGUGAUAUUGCACCAGCCAUCACCUUCACAGCUUCAGCCAUUUCGCUGGUGCUUUGUGCAUAAAGUUCAGCUGCUUCGUGCAGCUGUGUGCUCUGUACAUGCGGUCUCUUUUGUUUCUUCCUUGGAGCUGCAAAAACAAUACACUUGAUAAGAACAGUCAGAACAUACAUGUAUAUAUAGCUUGGUAUAAAAAAUCAACUAAAUAAUCAAGUUAUUUGUUUAAAUCAUAUUUUGGUCAGUGAAUCACUUGUAACUUCUUGUCAGAAAAUAAUUCUCUCCUGAAUGAGAGACAGUUGAUUAUUCAAACAACAUAUCUUUGUAAAAAAUUGUAUAGUUCAAGCAAACUUAACUUCUAAGAAAGUUAGGAAACAAAAUAUUUUUUGUAUGAAUUAAAUUUCAUCAAGUGGAAUAACUAAACUAGUGCAAGCUUAACAUGUGAAUGCUUUGCUCCUUUAUUUUUAAGGCACCAAUAAAAAAAAACAUUUUGCAAAUAGUAGGCUACCAAAUUACACAAACAGGUUGAUAUUCCCUUGGAAUUUUAAGAGCGGAUGCCCCUUAGCGAUACCAUAUUAGCAUUAUACUAACAACCUACCUGUUCCACGUCUUGGUGUUUGUGAUGGUAUUGGUGUAGAUAUCUCAUCGAUAUUUUCUUCUUCUCUUUCAGCUUCAUGCUGCUCUAUUGCACCUUCUUGUAUCUCAGUGACAUCUUGAUCCAUUAAUUCAAGUCCUGCAGGUAGUCCAGGCUCAAUAUUUGUUAAACUGGGGCAUCCUAGUACAUGAAUCCAACCCCCUAAUACAUUCAACAGUCGGUUUUCCAAAUCUGUCAGGUCUUUACAAGUGUAGCCACCACCUC